CACUACUUCUAUUGAGUUCUGAACAACAACCAAAACGGUGACGUUUUCGAAUGAUCCCAAAUGGACCCUCCUCUCAUCAACGACUUCACAUUCUCCCCCGCUUUCGCUCUCGCCGAGAUUUUGCCCCGACCAGGCGGAGGAGAUGAAAAUUCCACCGUCACCCAACUCACCGGCAAGAACAACAACAACCACUCCACCACCUCCGAGGACGAUUGCUCCAAGAAUGAUUCAGGCAAUAAAAGGAUAAGAUUAGGAGGAGGAGGAUCUACUGUUGAGAAUGGUGGAUGUGGAGGUUUGAAAGCUGCAGAAGCUAGUUCCGUGGCUGGAAGCAACAACUCUGAUGAACAAAGCACUAAACCUUCAGAAUCAGAGCCACCUAAGCAAGACUAUAUUCAUGUUAGAGCACCAAUAGCAAUAUCUUGGCUUAUUGGUGACAAUCUGUAUAUAAUGCAGAUCUUACUUAGUUGUUGGAUAAAUUAAGCAACUUCAUUAAUUCUCGUGUGUGCACAAUUUAGAUAACUGGUUUUCCUUUCUUCUUUUAUCUUAAUAUCUGAUCGACAGACAAAGUCACAAGUCGUUCUUCGAGAAAUCAGAUCUAUUCUUUGUGUGCCUGUUGCGCCCUCUUACUUCUGACGUCCAAAUACAAGAGAUAGAGAUUGAGGCUGCAAAGUGGAUGCCGUUUGAUGAUUAUGCAGCUCAACCAUUUAUUGAAAAGUCUGAGAUUAUGAGGUACAUCAGCGAUAUAUACUGAUAGAGACUCGAACACAAAAGGGGAAAUGGGCUUAGGAAAGCCCAAGGUGUGGAAAGUUUAUGAAAGAAAGAAAGGGAAAGGUGCUGAGGUGUCUCAGGCAAAAUGGAGAGGAGGGAGUUAGUUAGUAAGUUAGUAUAUAGAGUAGUGAGGUGUGGGGUGAGAGGGGACUGAUGAGUAUCAAAUUCGGUUAUAGGAGAGAGAAAGAGGAAUCUUUCUAGGAAGAGAGCCAUUAGAGCUUCUCUGGGUUGUUAGAGCUUUCUCUAACAAUACACCAUCUAUCUUUUUCUAUUCCUGUAUUACUCCUUACCUUCUUCAAUAUAAUUCUCAUUUCAGUAUUAAUCUUCUCUGUUCUUCACUUGCACAAUUUACAUACCUAUCAAUUGGUCCGACCUACCGGAUCAAUACACCCCCAGAAAACCAGUGUAGUAGAUGCCACCCAAGAUGGUUGAUCGUAUGGAAGCUCUGGAGACACAGAUGGGCACCGUGACUGACACGUUGCAGGAACUCGCACUCCAGCUGCAGCAGCAGAGCAUGGUUCUGAAGGAGUUGAGCAAUCAGAUGGGAAAGAAAGUGGUCCACGAAGGGGAAACCUCGACGGGUGACUCCAGUUCCGGCGAAUCGCGUCUCGCCGGGAAGAAGGUCAAGCUGCCCGUGUUUGAGGGAGACGAUCCUGUAGCUUGGAUCACGAGAGCGGAGAUCUAUUUCGAUGUGCAAGGCACCCCCGAUGAGCUUCGCGUGAAGCUCGCACGCUUGAGUAUGGAAGGAUCUACCAUCCAUUGGUUCAAUCUGUUGAGGGAAACAGAGGAUGAGCUUUCCUGGGAAAAGCUCAAACGAGCGUUGAUUGCACGCUAUGGAGGACGACGAUUGGAGAAUCCUUUCGAGGAGUUAUCGACGCUAAGGCAACGCGGCAGCGUGGAGGAGUUCGUGGAAGCCUUUGAGUUGCUCUCCUCACAGGUAGGGCGAUUGCCGGAGGAUCAGUAUCUGGGGUAUUUCAUGAGUGGGUUGAAACCACCGAUUCGACGGCGGGUGCGUACCUUGAAUCCCAGCACUCGCAUGGAGAUGAUGCGAAUUGCGAAAGAUGUUGAAGACGAGCUUAAGGAAGAAGACGAAGAAGAGGGAAAGCGGGUGAUAAGAAAAGGCGGGUACGAACGCUCGGGUCAAGGCGAUUGGGCCGGGUCAGCCUCAAAUAGGAGUGGGCUGUUCAAUAGAGAUGUAACCCGUUUUACCAAGGCCAGCGGGUCAAAUCAAACCCGAUCCCGGAGUUCUGUCGGAUCCCACGCACACUCAUCUUCAUCGCUGGGCUCAACGGCGAGAAAGGGUGACAACGACCACCGUGCAGGCUCGACGGAGCGUUGGAAAGGGGUCAGGAGUUUCCUGGUUGACGAAAUCGCAGAGCGAAGGGCCAAGGGACUCUGUUUUAAAUGUGGGGGCAAAUACCACCCCACUUUGCACAAGUGCCCGGAGCGCGCGAUGAGAGUUCUCAUCCUGGGAGAGGGAGAGACCAUGAAUGAGGAGGGGGAAAUCGUGAUGCUGGAACAGGAAGUAGAGGAGGUCGAAGAAGAAGAAGCUGUAGAAUGCAAAGCUAUGGGAGUUCUGGGUUGUUUGGGGGAUCACCAGACAAUGAAGUUAGCUGGCCAAGUGGGCAAUGUGGAACUUCUCAUCCUUGUUGACAGUGGCGCGAGCCACAACUUCAUUGACCCAAAGAUCACCUCUGCUCUGGGACUUACCAUCACCCCGAUCACCACAAGGAGCAUUAAACUUGGAGAUGGCCAUAAGGUGAUAACCAGGGGAGUUUGUAAGGGAAUCAAAGCCAAAGUGGGGAACAUUGAGAUUACCAUUGAUGCACUGGUGCUGGACUUAGGAGGGCUGGAUCUGGUCUUGGGAGUGUCCUGGCUCAGUACACUUGGGAAAGUCAUCAUGGAUUGGAAGCACUUGACUAUGCAGUUUGUGCAAGGGGAACAUGUGGUGAAAUUGCAGGGAAUGAAGGGUAGAAGCAGCUAUCAGAGCAACCUGCACUUUUUUUUGAGUGACACUCAAGGCAGAAACCUUGGGGAAGGAUGGUGGCCUCAAUUCCAAGCUACAGAAGCAACCAAGGAACACCAUGACAUACCUCAGGAACUGAGAGUUGUGCUUACAGAAUUCCCAGCAGUAUUCACAAAGAAAAUGCAAUUGCCCCCUGUCAGGUCCAAAGUACACCAGAUUGUUCUUAAUCCUGAGCAUGGGCCAAUUAAUGUCAGACCCUAUAGGUAUCCUCAUCACCAAAAGGAGGAAAUUGAGAGGCAGGUGGCUGAGCUCUUGGAGGCAGGGAUCAUAAGACCUAGCAUGAGUGCCUUCUCCAGUCCUGUCAUCUUGGUAAAAAAGAAGGAUAAGAGUUGGAGAAUGUGUGUGGACUACAGGGCUCUGAACAAGGCUACAAUCCCAGAUAAGUAUCCAAUUCCAAUUGUGGAUGAAUUACUUGAUGAGUUGAAUGGGGCAGUAAUGUUCUCUAAAAUUGAUCUUAAAUCGGGAUACCACCAGAUUAGAGUUCUUGAGGCAGAUAUCCCUAAAACUGCUUUCAGGACUCACAAUGGACAUUAUGAGUACCUUGUCAUGCCCUUUGGGCUGAUGAAUGCUCCUGCCACUUUUCAAGCCAUCAUGAAUGACAUUUUUAGGCCAUAUCUGAGGAAGUUUGUGUUGGUUUUCUUUGAUGAUAUCUUAAUUUACAGUAGGAGUUUGUUGGAACACCAAAACCACUUAAAGCUAGUCUUGACAGUGUUAUCAUCUAAUUGUUUUGUAGCCAAUCAAGCAAAAUGCAAGUUUGGUUGUGCCCAAAUAGAUUAUUUGGGUCACAUUAUAUCUGGGAAAGGAGUGGCAGUUGACCCUGAGAAAAUUAAGUGCAUUGUGGAGUGGCCAGAGCCCAAGAAUGUUAAGGGAGUAAGGGGAUUUUUAGGGUUAACAGGCUACUACAGGAAAUUUGUCAAGAAUUAUGGGAAGAUGGCCAAACCCCUCACAGAACUGACAAAAAAAGACAAUUUCACAUGGGGUGAAGAGACCAAGCAAGCUUUCCACAAGUUGAAGACCGUAAUGACAAGUUCCCCUGUGCUAGCUCUCCCUGAUUUUGAAAAACCUUUUGAGGUUGAAUGUGAUGCAGCUGGGAGAGGCAUUGGUGCCGUUUUGAUGCAACAAAGGCAACCAAUUGCUUAUUAUAGCAAGGCUCUAUCUCCUGGGAAUUUAUCCAAGUCAGUUUAUGAGAAAGAAUUGAUGACAUUGGUUCUUUGCAUCCAACAUUGGAGGCACUACUUGUUGGGCAAGGCUUUCAUUGUCUACACAGAUCACAAGAGCCUCAAACAUUUCUUGCAACAAAAAAAUUACUUCCCCUGA